AUGCUCGACGUUAUACCUUGCGAGGUGAUCAAUUGGACUAUACUGAAUGAGAUAAUAUCCAUGGAUGAGGACGACCCGGAGUUCUCGAGGGGUCUGAUCACGCAGUUCAUAGACCAGGCGGAGAACACUUUCCACGACAUGGACGUGCAUCUGCACGGGGACGGCGACCUGAAGGAGCUGGAUAAUCUGGGACACUUCCUCAAGGGGUCCUCCGCGGCGCUCGGGUUGCAACGGAUAGCGUGGGUGUGUGAGCGGAUCCAGAACUUGGGCAGGAAGCUGGAGCAGGAGUUCCCCUCGAGAGAGACGCUGCUGGACAGCUUGCCCGCCUCCGCAGGGGUCCAACCGCAGGACAGAGUGGAACCCUCAGUGGCCCCCGCAGUGGGUGCACAGGAGGGGAACGACGACGCGGUGUACUUGGCUCUGAUCGGCAGGGCGCUGGCGCAGGCAAGGAUCGAGUUCAAACUGGCCAGGACGGAACUCUCGCAGUACUACGGGGCACAGCUUUGA